GUGUGUGCGCGCAGUGGAGCCGACUGCGUACCCGAAAACCGUGUGACGGAUGCCCUGCAUAGAAAAUAAGCUCCUUCCGUGUUGUUCUGGGGGAAAUUUGUAUUUAAAAAUAUGAAUAUGUUUAGCCUGCCUGUGUAAAUAGAAAGGAGGAACCGGAUGGACAGCAGGUGAAUGUCUCACUUAUCCAGAGACUAAACAGAAAGAAGAGGAACGCGUUCCCGGCAAGUGCAGCAAAUUGGACUUGCCACCAUCAGCACCCCUCCUCUCCUCUCCUCUCCUCUCUCUCUCUCGCCAUCCCUUCACUCCUCCUCCCGCGAAGGUCUCCUCUCCUACACUCCAUCCAUCCUCAUUCUCCCUGUGAUCCAGGAGCAGCCUCAGACCAAACACCACAGCGUUUCCUUUUAUUUUAUCCCUUUUUUGCUCUGGAUUUUCGGGGUGACCCGGGAGACGCCGAUGGACAUGGAUGAUUAAAAAAAGAAAGGACGCGCAUCAUUCGCCGCAAAACUGGAGCAGCACGCACGACCACGCCGGGGGGGAAGGGGGCGACGGGACUCGGUGAAUUCACGGAGCCCCCGGGACAGAGGCUGCGACUGGUCCCACCCCAAGAUGACGUCGCCGAAGAACAAGGCCAAGAAGAAACCACCCAAAGACAGCAUGACGCUGCUGCCGUGCUUUUAUUUUGUAGAGCUCCCCAUCGUCCUCUCCUCCUUGGUGUCCUUGUACUUCCUGGAGCUGACAGAUGUGUUGUCCCCCGCGAUGGUGGGCUUCCGAUGCCAUGACCGUGACCUAUCCAUGCCGUACAUAGAAACCGGCGACGAGCUCAUCCCGCUGUUGAUGCUUCUGAGUUUGGCCUUCGCCGGUCCCGCAGCAUCUAUAAUGAUGGGGGAGGGACUCAUGUACUGUAUGCAAUCCAAGCUGAAGACUUGUCCCAAGUCGGAGAGCAGCAUCAAUGCUGGAGGCUGCAGUUUCAACUCCUUCCUACGCAGGACUGUGCGCUUCGUGGGUGUUCAUGUGUUCGGUCUCCUGGCAACAGCCCUGGUGACAGAUGUCAUCCAGUUAGCUACUGGUUACCACGCCCCAUUCUUCCUCACAGUCUGCCAGCCCAAUUACACAGCCCCGGGAGUGUCAUGUGACAACAACGCCUACGUCACACAGGACAUCUGCAUGGGGAAGGACCAGUAUGCCAUCAUGUCCGCCAGGAAAACCUUCCCAUCCCAGCAUGCAACACUCUCUGGCUUCGCUGCUGUCUAUAUAUCCAUGUACUUGAAUGCCAGCAUCAGCAGCACGACCAAACUGUUGAAGCCGCUCCUGGUGUUCACCUUCUGCAUGGCGGCGGGUCUCGCCGGCCUGACGCAGAUAACUCAGCACCGGAGUCACCCGAUCGACGUCUACGUCGGAUACCUCAUCGGAGCCGGCAUCGGAGUCUACCUGGCCGUGUAUGCCGUGGGAAACUUCAAAGCAUCAGAGGAAGAUGCCCCCUCCUUACAAAGACUGGCUUCAGGUCAACAGAAGGACAGCCUGAGGGUGCUGAGUCAGCGGAGUCAUGACUCCUUCCACAGGAAGAAUCCCAGAGCUUCCGAGAGCAGGGAGGAACUGGGGAUGGGAUCUGGGGCUCGCAGUAAGGUGAGGAGGGAGAAGGCGUCCCUCGCCUCGCUCAAACGGGCGAGCGCUGACGUGGAGCUCCUGGCAACGCGGGGUCCCAUGGGCAAGGAAACCAUGGUCACCUUCAGCAACACGUUGCCGCGAGUAGCAAACGGCAGCAGCCCCAUCUCCCCCUCGGACGAGCCGAUCGCCACGCAGCGCCACAUGACCUUCCACGUGCCCUACGACUCCCAGAAGUCUCGGCAGCUGGUGUCGGAGUGGAAGCAGCGCUCGCUGGAGCUGCGCAGCCAGAGCUCGCGAGACGAGGACGAGGGAAUGGACGGGAGAGAUGAAGGCGGCGAAGGAGGGGGAGGAGCGGCGGGAGGAGACGCGGGAGACCAGGGGAUGCCGUCCUCUCUUUAUCCCAUGGUGCAAGCCAACAAGGGCAGCGCCACACCAACCGGAGCCAGGAUGGUGGUGGCACCCCCACUCGUUCACAUCCCAGAGGAGGCUUCGCGGCCACCGCCCGUCUCACCGAAGAGUGCCAAAACCCGUGCCAAGUGGCUCUCACUCACCGAGGGGGGAGUGGUGAAGGAGCCGGGAACGGGGCCCAUCGCCGUGUCGACUCCCCGGGUGCCCAACACGCAGCCCAACCAGCUGCCAUGCCAACAAAGAGUCACGCAGGUGAUAGCUAUGUCAAAGCAGCAGGGUCACGGCGCCAUGACCUCGUCCGCUAAGACUUCCGAGGGCGGCUCGUCCUCUGGCGGAGGCUCCAACUGCUCCGAGUCGCCGUACUACCGGAUCCCGUCUGAUCGGGACAGCUGCAGCGGGAGCAACCCCGGAAGCAUCGCCGGAAGCGGGAGCAUCGUCACCAUCGACGCCCACGCCCCCCACCACCCGGUGGUGCGCGUGUCGGCCGCCAACGGGAAGCCGUGGGAGUGGAGAAACACCAUCAGCGGCAACAUGAUGGCCGCCGAUACGGCGGGGGACAAGCACCGCACGGCGCUGCAGCGGCAGGACAAUGUCAACCACUACCGGGAUUACCGGACGCUUCCCAUGAAAACGGACUCGCUCUGCUCCUCCUCUGCCAGCGGCAGUGCCGACGGCUGCGGCGAGCUGCCCCUGCCGCCUCUGCCCUCCUCCUCCCCGCUGCCUCCACCGCCCCAGCUCUCGUCAUCCCCUCUCCCGCCACCGCCUCCUCACUCGUCGUCCUCCCCGCUGCCUCCCCCUCCGCACUCGAGCUCCUCUCCGAUGCCGCCGCCUCCUCUCCCUCACGCCGGCUCGUCUCACAUGCCUCCACCUCCUCACCCGUCCUCUCAGAUGUCCCCACCGCCCCUCCCACCACCUCACUCUGUCAUGCCCCCGCCUCCUCACCCAUUGAGCUGUCAAUUGCCCCCUCCACCUCACCCUUCCUCCUCCAUGCCGCCGCCUCCUCACCCGUCCUGCUCCAGCAUGCUGCCCCCUCCUCCCCACCCGGAUUUACUGAUGGACGGCCACAGCCAGGCACUGUCCCGCUCCUCCACUCUGCCUCGUCAGCCGUCUGUCUCGGCCCGCAGCCACGCCGAGCAGGAGCACUAUUACAAGGCUAUGCAGAACGAGAGGAUGUUAUAGUGACACUAAAAACCCCUGGACAUUAUUGCCAUACAGAUGAUUGUACUUGGGAGGACGGCGCUGAAAGAGACAGUGAAACAAAGUAGGUGUGUGAUGGGUGGAAUAAAAAAAAAAAAAGAUUUAUGACUUUUUUGAAAAGGUUUAGAGACAGUGAACCCAAAUUCUGCUUCAGUCAAAAGGCUGGAAACGAAGAGGCAGCAGGGGUGGAGGACUGUAGCGAGGUCUGGCAGCUCACGCACUCAGCAGGGGAUCUGUUUUUUUCCCCCUGCUUUAAAGAUACUGCCCAAAGUGCCGGCUCAACAGCCCCAACUGGGAAAAGAACACGGACAAGGGAGGAGAGCAGAGUCGAGGGAGGAAUCCAAAUCCUCAGUCCACCUCUAGAUUUAGCACACGCAUCCUCCAUGUUCCUUCGAGACACAGUCAAAGACAAAAGGGGAGCGAGAAGAGGCUGCUGCUGAGAAAGAGAGAUAAUCACAGCCAACCGUUUGGGAUUCGCUAAAUCAAGUUUCCCCUGAGAGGGGGGAUAAGACCGGGAAAACAAAGCAACUACAGGCAAUACGAGCCCUUCUUAAACUGCAGCAGCUUAGCAAAGAUGCCAACCAUUACACACACACAUAGCGUUUGCCCUCGCACCAGCAGAAAAUCCCAUUCUUCAAAGCGCCCCCAAAAGACGUACAUAUGCAGCAAUGUUAAGUUCAGGUGUUUUUCGUCCCCCUCUGAAUGAACACAAGCAAAUGAUGUUUAGAUUUGAUCAGUAUCCGCCACAAAAAGCUGGUUUCUGGAGGCAUUGCGUCAGUCGAGGUGUGAGAAAGAGGAGGAGGAGUGGGGUGUGAGCAGGAUCACGCGCAGUCGGGAGGAGGUGGAACAGAAAGAGUUAUUCCAUAAGAGACGGGUGAGGCUGGCAGAGCAAACAAUGUCUGUUUUUUUGCUGUGUGCAAAAUCUGCUGCGGGGCCUGAAGCAGCUCUGACGAGAUUAAGGUUUGUUUAUCUUACACUCUCUUCCCUCUGUUGCCCUUCAUAUUUGCCCGCCCCCUCCACUUUUUUUGCAAUUCACAAUGGUGUUGGGAAUGUAAAUGGGAAAAAAAACACUGUGGAGCAGCCAGCCACAACCACCAGUUGACACGGACAUUGGCCAACAAAGGCGGUGUUUGGAUUAAGCUAAAAGGUUUGUGGCGCUUCCAGCCUGUUUUUUUCUUUUUUACAGCAUUUCAAUUAUUUUGGGAACACAUUCUGAGACUUUCUAUGGGGUUGUAUCAUUCCUAUACAGUACUAAUGCCUUAAAGAUCAGUAAUAAGGGAUUCUUCAUUCGUUGUUCACCGCUUUAUUCUCCACAUUUGUGGGUUGUGGGGAGCUUAAGCCAAUCCCAGGUGACACAGGGCGAAAGGCGGGGUUACACGCUGAACCGGGCCAACGUACAAUUCACUCUCCCUUUCUUUAAAGGAAUACUUCACCAAUUUGCAUUUAGCUUUGUAUUACUAGAUUAGGGGUCGUAUUUUUGAAAAAUUGUGCUUCCCAACUUCACUUUCCUCUGAGUCGAGAAAUAUCUUCAAUCUUUUUUUGUUGCGUGCCCACCAGUGACACUUGUUCCUAGCCUUGGUCCGAGGCUUGAAACUGCAACGCUAAUUCCACACUUUUUAGACCCACACGUAGGGGGGCGGGACCGCAUUCCCAGAAUGUAAACAGUGUCCGCCAUCUUUGCUAACAGUUACGCUAACCGCACCAAGUAUCACUGUUCCUGUUCCUUGCUAACAGUUAUGCUAGCACGACCAAGUGUCCCUGGUCCUUUUAGCGUAACUGUUAGCACUGUUUACAUUCUUGGAAUGAGGUUACGCUAACAGGACCAAGUAUCACUGUUCCUGUUCCUUGCUAACAGUUAUGCUAACACGACCAAGUGUCACUGGUCCUUUUAGCGUAACUGUUAGCAAAGAUGGCGGGCACUGUUUACAUUCUGAAUGAGGUUACGCUAACAGGACCAAGUGUCACUGGUCCUUUUAGCGUAACUGUUAGCACUGUUUACAUUCUGACUGAGGUUACGCUAAUAGGACCAAGUGUCACUGGUGGGCACGUAUCAAAGAAAAGAAUGAAGUUAUUUCUCAACUCAGGGGAAACUGAGGUUUGGAAGCAAAUUUUUUUCAGAAAUACUACCCCUGUUCUGGUAAAAACGCUAGAUACGCUAAGCUAUAAGCUAAAUGCAAAUGGGUGAAGUAUUCCUUUAAGAAUGUCCAGUUAACCUAGCAUGUUUUUGGACUGUGGGAGGAAACUGGAGAAGACACACGGACACCGGGCGGAAACAUGUAAACUCCAUACAGAAAAGACUGCAGACCCCGGGUUUGUUUUCAUAGAUCUACAUCUGUGAAAUUUAAUGAGCUCUGCAGGAAGUUAUUAAAAACAUAGUGAUAUUUACAAAGGCUUCAUCACCAGGGACCGCCGCUCUAUUAAGAGCAGCCUUCUGCUAAGUAUGCCUUAGUAGGAAGUGAUACCAAGACCCCAAGUUCCUUUAUUUGACAAGAAAUACAUUCCAGAUAUGUUUAAUUAAAAAAACCUCAGCUUGAGGCCCACUUGCUUCAUUGGUGUGGAGCAGAUAUACAGUAAUAGCCUCUGUUGCCAUGUCGAUCUCUGUCGACGGAGAGCAAUGCUGUCAAACGUUCCCGGUGCGACGAAGCGAGUGGGUCUUGAAAUCUGAAUUUGUAUUGUCGUCAACUAAACCAGAAAGGAAUUUCAGGUCUGUCCACAUACAGCAUUUUUAUUUUUUACCGUACGACCGGAACGUUUCAUUUGUGGCAAAAAAAGAAAUGUGAAGGCCAGUUUUCACUUUAUUCUGACAAUUUUACACAUCAAUAUUACAGGUUAAACGUGGAUUUGCACAUACACUUUAAACUACAGGUUGAAAUGAAGUGUUGCUCCUGCUCACCCCUCGCCUCCUCUCUGUAAUUAUACCACAUUGUACAAAGUCAUCACCUGGUAUCUGUCACGUCACACGUCCACACGUUUUUGGGGUUGUUUUUUUUCUAUCUAUCCAUUCCACACGACGAUGUACUUUCCAGACGACAGGUGCUUUAUUUUCGAUCACACUUUCGACGACAGGUACCGAGACACGCAGAGACACGGGUGGGGAAACGCGCGCGCCAAAAACCUCUGACAGAUAUAAGCUGUUUUGUAAAGUCGUGUUAGGAAGAGGCCGCGUUCGGUGGAACACGUUGUAUUUUGUAGUUCUAGAAAACAUAGCUUGACAGUUUGUGCUGCAUGUGCGUGUGAGCGUGGUUUUAUAACUUCUGUGCUUCGAGUCUGCACUAUUACAUUUGACAGGCAGACGUGAUACCUUUUUUUAGUGCUGGUGAUUAACAUACUGGACCCCCCCUUCCCCAUUUUGACUGUAAAAAAAAAAAUGCUUGACAUGACCUAAUAUUAUUAUUAAUAUGAUUAUUAUUGUUAAUAUUGAACAGUCCUUUUUAUGGGCGAAUGUUUUCUAUCUGUGGUUGAUGUGUACUAUUAAUAACCUCAUUGAAUAAAAAAACCCAACACUUCUUAA